AUGGUGAUCAGCUUCCGUUGCUCGGAAAGUGCAAACCUGACAUGGAUCUUGGCGUUGCUGCUCAUCACUUUCACGCCGAUUCAAGUCUACGGCCAGUCUGCUUCUGAGUUCGUAAGCAUCGACUGCGGAUGGGUAAACAGUAGUAGUUACAUGGACGCCGCCUUAGUAAUACCAUACAGUUCUGAUGGUGGAUUUCUCGAGGGAGGACUAAGCCACGAGAUUUUACCAGAGUUCAUGGCUGAUACUGGCAAUGACCAGCAAAAAACUCUGAGGAGCUUCCCUGACGGCUCACGAAAUUGCUACACACUACCAUCCACCAUCGGUAAGAAGUAUCUACUGAGGGCCACUUUUACUUACGGCAACUACGAUAGGUUGAACAAGACUCUGGAUGGAUCGGUGUUCCUUUUUGGGCUCCAUAUCGGGGUAAAUUUCUGGGAGGCGGUGAACUUUACAAACUGGGAUCCAUCAAUCACUCAAUGGAGGGAGGUGCUCACUGUUGCUCCGGACAACGUAGUGUCCGUCUGUCUGAUAAACUUUGGUUCAGGGACUCCAUUCAUAUCGUCGUUGGAGCUGAGGCCAUUGGAAGAUACGAUGUACCCAUUUCUGAGUAGUUCCGUGUCUGUCAGGUACUUUCAUCGGUUCAGAUUUGGCAACAACGCAGACUUUAUCACAAGAUAUCCUACAGACCCGUAUGACCGGUUCUGGCAGAGCUGGUCUGGGACUAUCGGAGACUCCUACCCCUGGAUCAGCCUGAACACUAGCAGAACAGUGAACAGGCAACAAAGCAUUGAUGGCUUCCAGAUACCGCAGGCCAUCCUCCAGAAAGCCUCGACCCUAGACACGAACUACUCCUUUAUGAGCAUUGCUGUGGCAAUUGAUCCUAACCUGGACAGUGGGAGCCUGGAACUUCUCCCAAUCUUCCACUUCGCCGAGAUUGCCAGCGACAGUCCGAACAGGACGUUCAACGUCUACAGUGCUAGCGAGCUGCUGUUCCCAGACGUGUCCCCGUUGCCGAUGCGGGUAGACAGCAUGUACCCGACAAAUCGGUUCUUAGCUAAUCGGUUCUUGAGCAACAAAUACGCCUACUUUUCCUUGAACAAGACGGCCAGCUCGGGGCUCCCACCGCUCAUCAAUGCGUUCGAGCUGUACUCACUUGUUCGGAUGGACAACUUCACCACUUCUUCUGAUGACGUCCAUUACAUCAAUGCAGUAAAGAAACACUACAAUUUGGCAAGAAUAAACUGGACCGGAGAUCCGUGCUCCCCGAGAGAGUAUAAGUGGGAAGGCCUGACUUGCGACUAUUCCAACGGCAACCAGAAUCCGAGGAUUGUUCGAAUAAAUAUGUCUACCAGCGGACUGAGAGGUCAAUUAGCCAUAUCGUUCUUGGACAUGCCAUCACUCGAAAAUUUGGAUUUAUCACACAACAAUUUGACUGGAGUGAUUCCAGACUAUCAACUAAAGUCACUUAAAGUUCUUAACUUGUCAAAUAACAAGCUUGGUGGACCGAUCCCUGAUUCUAUUCUUCAACGAGUUCAGGCCGGUCUGCUGGACUUAAGAUUAGAAGGAAAUCCUGUAUGCUCAAACAACAAAGAUACGUACUGCUCAGAUAAGAUGACAAAGAGGAGGACCACACCUAUCUUGCUCAUCGCAGUGAUAGUUCCUGUGGUACUGAUAUGUCUCCUAGUAGGGAUGUGCAUAAUCUGGAAGUUAUACUGGAAAGGAAAGGAGAGGUCAGGAGACAAUGAAGACUAUGCUAUGUAUGAAGAGGAAAAUCCCCUACAUAUUGACAUCACACGGUUCACAUACGCAGAGCUGAAUCACAUAACAAACAGCUUCCAGUCAAUUGUUGGAAAGGGAGGUUUCGGUAUUGUUUAUCAUGGCAUACUGGAAAAUGGAGAUGAAGUAGCUGUUAAAGUGCUUAAAGAGACAUCAAUAGCAGAGUCAACAGACUUCCUCCCUGAGGUGCAAACCUUGUCCAAAGUUCAUCACAAGAAUCUUGUGACUUUGCAAGGAUAUUGCCUAAACAAGAAGUGCCUAGCACUCGUUUAUGACUUCAUGCCCAGAGGAAAUCUUCAACAGCUUUUAAGAGGAGGAGAGGACUGUAGUUUGAAUUGGGAACGAAGACUCCAUAUUGCAUUUGAUGCCGCACAAGGACUAGAGUACCUACAUGAGUUAUGCACCCCAUCAAUAGUGCACAGAGAUGUGAAGACCCCCAACAUCCUUCUAGACAAGAAUCUCAUGGGGAUAAUAUCUGAUUUUGGGCUUUCGCGGGCUUUUAAUGAUGCACACACACAUAUAUCUACUGUGGCUGCUGGCACUCUUGGUUACCUCGAUCCUGAGUAUCAUGCAACCUUCCAAAUCACUGUCAAGACGGAUGUUUACAGCUUCGGCAUUGUGUUGUUGGAGAUCAUUACCGGCCAACCCCCAGUAAUCAUGGACCCUCAAACCAUUCACCUACCAAAUUGGGUGCGCCAAAAGAUAGCCAAAGGCAGCAUUCAUGAUGUCGUGGACAAGAUGUUGGAUCAAUAUGACGUUACUUCCUUGCAGGGUGUGAUAGACCUUGCUAUGAACUGCGUUGAAAACGCAGCCAUCGAUAGGCCGACCAUGACCGAGGUUGUGUCAAGGCUCAGAGUGUUUUUACCAGCAGUUUCAAGUAAAAAGCAGUCAGUUUCUGUGUCCCCUCAACAUAAGAACUCCAUGGAUACUGAAAUUACAAGGAAGUUCGACUUGAUAUCGGGAGCAAACAACCAGACCAGCUCCAUCCAGUCAGGUUAUACUGGUGGGAUGUCAGAAACCAACUUCUUAUCUGGACGGUGAAAGGCCAAUGCCUACUGAGUUAUAUU